UAUAUCUAUGAAUGCACCGAUCGCUGUCGUGCUCAUGGAUGUAUUAAGAGAACACUCUCGUGAUGCUACCGUUGUUGCGCUUUAAUGUAACUUUAAACAUCUUAAAUGUCGAACCCCGGUUCGCUUAACGUCAAGAAACUCUGUCAUUUACCAAAACUGGCGACGUGAUCAGAAAAGACUGCUCAAAUUCAAGCUUGGCCCAGGUGUAUGUGGAGCUGGAUGAUGGGUUUCUGGCAGCCGGUAACCAACCUUAGAGAUUAUGUAUCCCAAAAUCCUCCAGGGGUUACAUUCUUCCUGUGUCUGUUGACUUUGGCUAUCUCAUUUAUCUGCCUCAGCUCUUAUAGCUACACUCACACUCUGCCUAACCCUGACACAGCAAAGGACUGGAACCAUCUGCUGGCCUCCUUAUCUAAGUUCCAGCUGUGUGUGAAAGCCAAUGCAAGUACAUCUGAGCUUGUCUCACCAGUCCCCUCUCCUCUGAUAGAUAGAAACAUUUCAGUUGACUCUACAAAGACUCCUUCUCUCACCAUAUUGCAUCUCAAGGUUCCUCUGGCUGUGACUACCCACUCAAACAGUGGCUCUCUAAAAUACCUUGGUUUGCAGACUGCCUUGAGAGCCAGUCAAUUACAUCUUGGAGGCAAUGAAAUUGUUAAUGUGACUCUAGAGGUUUUGUCUGGAAAUGAUACCUACACCUGCCUCACCAUUAAUGCCCAAACACACCUCCUGCCCAUGAGCCUACUUCCGCCAGAGUGCCCUGCAUCUGAGAACAACAUUUCACCCAUCCAUGUGGAAGCGAGCAACCAGCUGCCUACAGCAUCACAAACCUGCUACAGUCUACGCUCCAAGAACGAUCCUACACUCACAGUCAUGUUAACACCGGUGGAGCAGAGCGUGGCGGUGCGACAUCUGUUGGAAGUCAGUGUGUGUCUGCUAGGAGUUUGUUUGUUACUCUGUGUAGCUGCUAGUCUGACACAUCCAACCCUACGCCGCUACCAUUGGAAUGGACUGGAUCUACAAAAUGAGCCCUUGAUAGACCCCUGAACAUUUUUCAUCUGCUGCAUCCUCAACAAAUCAGUUGGUGUUGGAGAGAGAAGAGCGAUAUGUGUCACUACUUUUUAAAGGGGUAUCCCACCAAUUUGACAAAAGAAAUCGUUUUUCAUGUCUUCUUUUGGCAAGACCUCCAGGCUCCCAUAUUUUUGGAUUAAUCAAUAAUAGUUAAGUUGUGAAUAAACUUUAAUUUAUCAAAUGUCUGUAGCGGAGCGCUUCCUGGACUCAAAAAGUUAGCUUGAGGUGCUCUUUGGAUGGGAUAAUCAUAAUGUGGAAACUCCAAGGCACUCUCUUUUAGAAAAAUACUAAGCCUUUAUUUAUGGCUUUGUCAUCAUAAAUCUUAAAGUACUCCGACGCAUUUCGGCAUACAAGCCUUCGUCAGGGAGUCAAACUUUAAUUUACUUCUAACUAAAAAAAUAAAAUGUCAUAGGGAGUUCUGAAUAGUUUAUGAAAACUGUUGUAUAACGUCUUCAGUAGCACUGGAGGGAGCUUGUUAAAGAAAUUAACCCUGGUAGUUAUCUUUGCUUGGGAUUGGAGACAAGAUAUUAUGUAGCAUCCAGCGAAGUGAAGAUAUUUAAUCUUCUGCUGCAUCAAUUCUGAACAUUUUUAAUCCGCCUCUUCCAAGUUUCCCAACUUCAUGAAAGUACAAUACUUAACCAGUGGAGCAUGCUUGUAAUAGGGGACUGAAGUAUUAUAUGAUAUCCAAGUGAGUAACUGGGUUGUGAUAGAGAAGAGUAUAUUUGUUAUGGGAACAACUUUUUAGCUGGUAAUGCCUACACUGAUGACUGGUAAUACAUUCACUGUACAGUCUCUUAUAUGCAGUGCAUGCCAUGUUUACUUCAUUUCCCAGAAUGACUCUCAAUGACUUGUGGAAAAUGGACAAUAAUGUGUUGCAUUCACCAGAGUGAGAUCAAAAAGCUAAAUCUAAUAUUUUUUUAAAUUGGGAAAGUAGUUUUUGUAAUAAUGUAUUCCUAUCAGCAGAUGUUUUUUUCUUUGUAAAUGUUACUGGACCAAAGUUCUUUGGGUAUUCUAGGCUAGUUUGUCUGUUUUAAACUCAAAUGUACAUAUCUGACACUGAAAGCUCAUUGCAUCCAGAUGCCAGAUCUACAGUUCCACAAGUAUUCUUGCAUCUGCCUUCAUUGUGUUCUAUCUAUAGACAAAAACAAAAAAAAACUGGACGUAGCAGCAGUUACAUCCCCCAUUGGUUUGUGGAGUACCGUUUUAGCAAAGAGGUUAUAAUAGUAAGAGGCAACCUCUUAUUAUUGUAACACUUGGUUUUAGCCUGGAGUUGGGCUUUUGGCUGUUGCUAUCUUGGUCUUUUGAAACUGGACGUGACCAUAUUUGGCCAAGAGGAUCGAGCUGGGGAGGAUGAUACAGCUAGGCCAGUGUCUUUUGGCAGCGUUUUAAGGCACUUCCGCAUUGGCUACAGUUAUUUAGACCCGGAAGCUACGUCCAGUAUUUAGUAUUUUUUUACAGUCUACGGUUAUAUUUCUUGCAGAGUAGUAGAAACUUUAAAAAGGGAAUGUUGAAGAAACACCCAAAGGUCUCCUUCUAACGUCUAUUGUUAAAAUGAGAAAAAGAAAAGGGAUGUAACAUCUGCUGCUAUGAUAAAGAUGUUUGUAAUAGUUUAAUAACGAGUUAACAGGACACUAAACACAAAGUGUGUGCAUCAAAAUUAUCAGUGUUAAGAACUGCCGUCUUUCAGACUCUGAGUAAAUGAGUUUCCAGGAGCUCAGAAACCGAUGACUGCGGUCAAGAAGGCAUCCUGUUUUCAAACACUGUUUUCCUAGUUUUAGAAAGAAUGAAACAUUAAUAGUGAAAAAUAUAAAUACUAGGUUUCCAAUGUGAA